UUGGCCUUUCAAAACACCACUCGCCAUGAGCAAACACUGAACAAACAAAACGAUCAUGUCGACCUCAGACUCAAUACUGGUUUACGAUGGGCCAAAAUGCCGCAUUUGUUGCGAUUUAAUGCCCAACAGACAGAUUCCCCUGCCCAACGGCAAAUGGGUCGAUGUCCAGAAACAGGGGAAAAUGACGCUUUCCCUGGCUGUCUGGUUAAGUGAUGUUUACGAAUCGGCCAAGACGUGCGUCAAUUGUAAGGUCAUGAUUGAAGCAUUGGAAUGUUUUGAAGUAAAGGAGCCAAGGUUGGAGGAUGAUAUGUUUACUGUUGAUGGCCGGGUUGGGACGUCGCUCAAGCUCGAGUACAAUCUCGCUGAGGACGAAUAUUUGAGGUUUAUUGAAGUAUUCUCUGAUACUGAAUCGGAGAGUUGUCUGGGUAGGGCGACGUUUAUAGAGGCUGAUAUUGACCCGAGGAAGGCGGUGGAGAUUGCGAAAAGACGAUUGAGGGUGUGUGUUGAUUCUCAUGAUGAGUGUAGGGUGGGGAGGAGGGGAUUCAUUCCUACGAGGGUUGUGGAUGUUGGUACUGGGGAUGGUCAGCCGCGGUUAGUUGAGACCACGGAGGAUAUGAAAGACACUGACUACUUUGCUUUGAGCUAUUGUUGGGGGUUGGCCCAGUCCCUUACAACGACCAAAGCAACAUUGCCAAACAGGUUUGAGGGUAUUCCGUGGGAAGAUAUACCCAAGACCCUGCACGAGGCGAUCGAAUUUGUACAACACCUGGGCCUAUCGUAUAUAUGGAUUGAUGCCCUCUGCAUCAUCCAGGAUGAUGGUUGA